AUGGCUGGAUCAAGUAAAGAUAGAUUUGAAUGAUGAAACAGCAGGAAUAGAAUAUGUAGAGAAUAGAGACUGGUGUAUGAAAAGAAAAAAUAAUAAAUUUCGGUUGGUGUGACGUUAUUUUCUACACUGAUUAUUUACAAAAAAAAUCUGCAGUAUUUAUUCGGUUCGAAUGAAGACUUCGGGAUUGUUUAUAAUAAUAUUAAUUUAAAACAAAAUAUUUUUAAUUUCGUUUUGAAACGGACUUUCAAAGCUAAAUAAUAAAAAAACCAUUUUAAAACAAAAUGUUAACGAUACAACGACUGUCAACAAUGGUAAUAAAUAAAUUUAAAGUGUACGGGUAGAUAGGUCGUUUAAUAAGUUUCCGAUAAAAACAAUCGACCGAUAAGAAUAAUAUAAUAUAUUUUUUGUUUUAGCCUCGCCAAAACGACGUUUGGAAAUGACGUCUUAUGAUGAUGUCUUGCGCCUACCUUCGGUUGAGAAACGUUGCCUUAUGGGAACCACGCGUCACGUGAUAUUGUAUUAUCUGUCAGCUCGAAAUAAUUGGACGAUUCUCGCUGGAGAGACAAGAACCGCGUAUAGCGGAUUUCCUGUCAUUUCCGAUAGUGAAAGAUUAUUAUCGUUCCAUGUUCGUGGUGCUUUUAAAUCCUGCCCGUCGAGUCUGCUGCAGCACUGUUGUAAUAGUGUCAUCGUUACCGGAGAAUUCCAAAUCCAUCUCAUAUCCUGA